AUGUCGGCAUCGUCUUCUCCAGUGUUGUUCGGGUUCUAUGUCAAUUUGUAUUUAUGUGGACACGUGACAUUACUCCAAAUCACACAACGGAGGCAGGCAGAGCCUCCCUUACGAAACGCCUCUUCAACGGCUGUUCGCAAUAUGACAUCCACAGACAAUGCACUGGGAGAGCGAGUUCUCCCCCUGGAAUCCGCUCCUCAUCACCUCGCAAGUGAUAUUUACGUUAUUGCUUUCUUUUUUACUGAGGCGAGGGCAUUUCUUUCGCAGCAUAGCCUCGUGCUCGAAUACCUCAGCCACAAGUGCUACUCAAAGACAGCUCAGGCGUUCGCCCAAGAUACCGCCGUUAAGCACAUCGAUGCUGAUGGGGACGAAAUCAUGCACUCUGCACACACAAGUAUCGAGGCCGACACCAAGGAUGUGCGCUUGGAGCAGUCAUUAAAGAGCAUUCAAAUGCGCGAAGAGGUUCGCAACAAGAUACUUUCAGGUCAGGUAGAAGAAGCAAUACAUCUCAUCGAGCAACAUUUCCCCUCUGUAUUGGACACCAGCAACAGCACGGACACGUCGCUUUACCAAGCCAGAACAGUCUCUGGAAAAGUCGAGUAUGUCGCCACCACAUCCGUGAACCCAGCACACAUUACUCUCAAUCUUCGCAUUCUUGCGUUUAUUGAAGCUUGUCGCACUGUUCCCCUCGUGUAUCCACCAUCGCCAUCUUCGACGUCAGACGCGGUUUUGCCUCCCCUCUCUUCCAAUCCCCAGGAUUAUCUCUUCUCAUCCACAGAUGAUGUCGACUCGCCCCAUCAAGAAGCUCUGCUUAAGCGUGGCCAGAAGCUCUACGCGUACGCUCACAUGCUUCCUAAUCCUGAUGACAGAGCAGAAUACAUGGAGGAACUUGGGCAUGUCGGGAGUCUGCUGAUCUACAAGGUGCCAGAGAGAAGCCCAGAGGCGAGAUAUCUUUCGCAAGAACGCCGAGAAGCCACUGCAGACCAAGUUAACGCUGCAAUUCUCCAUAGUUGCGGUUCCCCGCCUGUCUCGCGCCUUGAGCUGUAUACUAGAUAUACAAUGGCUCUAACUGAUAAGUUAUAUGAAAAUCGGGUCAAGGUACCUUCAUCUAGCCGACCCCCAUGGCUACGCCUCAUCCUGCCCGAUGUCGAGGAAUCAAAGGCCAAGCAAGAGACUACGGUAGUACCUUCUCUUGAUCUCAAAACAUUUCUUGACGUCAAAACAUGA